AAUCACAGUAAUACACAGAGAUCUUUGAUCAUUUCACCGGUAGUCAGGGGUGAAGGAAACAAACAUGGCCGCCAGUGGUGUACUUGGUGGAGGCAAUCGCAGCACUGUUAUUGAUAUUAUGUUUAACAGAUAUUGCUCUGACAAGAUUCAAGGGCUGUCUGCGCAUGAACUGGAGCUAAUAUAUCAAACCAUACGUCCUGAUGGCCUAAAUCUAAAACAGAUUGAAGCUUCAUUGAGGAUGGUCUGUGAGUCGACAAGAUGUGACAAAGAGGAUCUUGUUGACGUUCUGAAAGAAAUGGACAGGCGAUAUUUUCUUGUGAACGAUCUAAAAUGGGAGUUCGCAUUACUUGACCGAUACAAGAAAGGUGCUAUUAGUGAAAAUGAUGCUAAAUUCUUGUUCAAAAUGGUCCACGGAGAGUUUUUCUCAAAUCGACGAUGGAAUAAAUUUUUAAACAGCAGAGCAGCUAAAGGAUCACUGAUAAGUUUUAACGAAAUUGAGGUUGAUCUUUGUGAUAUACCGACAAUGGGAUGGAUAGAAGAAAUUCUAGAAGAGGAAGAAGAGGAAAGGAGGCUUCGUGAAAUUGAAAGAGAGAAUGAAGAAAGAGCUAGGAGAACAUUAGAAGAAGAUCAGAAAAGAAGAGAUGAAGAGCUUAAAAGACAACAGGAAGAAGAUAGAAAACGGAUUGCAGAAGCAAAAGCUAGAAAAGAGGAAGAGAGGAAAAGAAGAAAACAAAUGGAAGAAGAAGAGAAACAACGACUUGAAAGAGAGAAGACUAAGGCAGAGGAAGAUGCUAAAAGGCAAAGGGAAAAAGAACUGAAAGAAGAGGAAGAAAAACGAAAGUCAGAAGAGAAAAGAAAAGCUAAAGAAGAAAGACAACGACAAAAAGAGGAAGAGGAGAAAAAGAAACAGGAGGCCUUGAUGAAUUGGAAGAAAGCAGAAUUACUAGCUAAACAGGAAGCUGAAAAGGAGAAAAUGAAAAAAUCGAAUGCCGAAAAACUGCGCAAACUCAAAGAAGAAUCGGAACAUGCGGAAGAGAUUGCAGAAGACGCUGCUGCUGAGGAGGAGCUUGCUAAAGAAGCUGCAAGAAAAGCUGCGGAGGCAGCCAAAAAUGCUAAUGAUGCAGAGUCAAAACGACUUGCGGAGGAGGCUGAGAAGAAAGCAUUGGCAGAAGCUCGUGCUAAUAAGCAAAAGAGAUUGAGGAUGCAAAUGAAAGCGGCAACGAACAGUCGGAAGAGUGAAAGAAUUCGAAAUGCAGUCAAGGAGGCAAAGGACGCCAAAAUGCCAGAACUACAGAAGGACAUCGAGGAAGCAGAGCAUGCUUUAGACGUCAUCGUUGCUGGUGAGAAGCUUAAAGACGCAAUGUCCCGGCGUCAUUUGAAUGACGUAGAGGAUGCGGUUAACAAUAUCAAAAGGAAGAAAAUCGAAAAAGAGUACGCGGUCGAGCUGAUAGAGGCUGACAAGCUUUUGAACAAGCUGAGGCGUCUUGAAAGGCUGAGAAGGGAGAUCUUAGAACUGAAUCAAAGCACGAUUUCUGAGAUUAGGAGCUACCAAAGGCCACCGCCUGCAGUUCAUGACGUCAUGAUCGCAGUAUAUUUGUUACUCGGUUAUAAGGAAAAGGAAUUGAAGGUUUGGAAAAACAUGCAAGCAUUACUUGGAAGGACUGGAAAAGAAGGUUUAAAACGGCAAGUAACAACGCUGGAACCAUCAAAGAUCAAUAUAAGCAUGGCCGAAUAUGCAGAAAAAGUUUACCUCUCGAAGCAUGACCUCGAUUCCAUACGUGAUGUGAGCGCAGGCGCGGCCACCUUUUUUGUUUGGUCCUCAACCAUGAUUGAAGAAGCAAGAGCGUGGAAAGAAGAAGACGAAAAGCGGAAGGUCUUGGAAGCUGAAAAGAAAAAAGAAGAAGUUGAAGAGAGAAAGAAGGAAGAAGAAAGAAAAAAAGCUCGUGACGAACGUCGGAAAUUAGGCCUAAAGGUUGAAGAUUCACCUUCGAGGAAUCCCAGUGUAGAGAACGUGAGAGAUGCUGCAGCGACCGGCGUUAUCAACGCUUUGAAAGGAGGCAAGGUUGACUCAAAACCUGCAAGCGAGACAAAACCAGCCAAUCCACAAAAAUCUGCCUCGGGCAGCAGUGUAGGGAAACCUCAACUGGCACGAGGCCGAACAUCUGUACGAUCGGAUCAGAAAGGAGACCGAAGCAAGUCUCAACCAUCACAAAGAAAAGUAUCAUCAAAUAAUGCCGCAAAGAGGUCAGCGACUCCUGGAAGAAAAUAGAAACCACGUGCAGGUCACGUGAUACAAUUGUAAUAUAGUCUCAAACAAUAACCUAUUUAAAAUACGUAUGUAUAUACAGUGUUUGAUAAGACUUGACAAACUCUUUUCCGAAGUAAUAAUUUCUGGCUGCCUAUAUCUGAAUAAUAUUUUCAAGUGUCUGCUCUUUUUAUAGGUUAAAAUUAACCAAACAGAAUAAACGCAAAAGCCCUGAAAAUGAAGAAUAUAGAAAUCAUCAAAGAGGCGCUAAAACCUGUUAAGCCUGGCUUGUCGCAAAUUGUUGUGGACUUCUAGCUAAACGGGCGUUCGUGUUUAUGGUACAUUUCUAAAGCUUCCUAAAGCAGUAGCGUAGCCAUGGUGGUAAGAUAGGGGGGGGGGGGCAAAGGUGAGUUGAGCAAGGAGAAAUUGGAGGUCCAUACCCAUUUGAAUGCAAGAAACGCUUUAUUUAAAAGAGAUUUCUUGCCAUUGAGGGUGGGGUGUCCGCCCCCUCUUCCUUCCCCCUCACAACGCCACUAAUCGAUCUAAAUUGAAAUCGAGUACACUCUCUAUAAAAGCAUUCUUUAUAAGAGGAUCGAAGCUCGAUUUGCCGAAAAACAAAGAACAGCGUAAGAACAAUUUCUUCUCAUGUUUCAAAGCAGAUGAGAUUUUGUCAGCUUAUAAACUGUACUUAAGAGAUUGUCAUCGUAAACUGUAAUUUAGUGUUCAAGAGAACAUUGAGGAACUGCAAGCAUUAUCUGGCUCUUGUAAAAAGCUAGUGUAUAUAUUUAAAUAGACCACGAGAAUCUACAUUCAUCGCCAAAUCUAGAUAAAAAUGAAAAUGUAAAAAUAUCUCAAGAGGAACUACAGCGACAUUACUAAACACCUAAAAUAAUCUUAAAAUCAAUUUUUAACUUUGCUUGAUCAUUUUGCAGUGUGAAAGUGGUGAAAAUAUGUGGUAUUGGCUUGUAGGCUUUGUGACAAAAAGAGACAGCUAAAAUCUACUUUAGGCAGAUUGCACGUGCCGUUAGUGUUUAUAUAUCGAGUGUUUAAUGUAUCUAGAUGAAAACUAAGGGAUAUUGGCCAAUCAGUUAAUAUCUGUAACAAUAUUUUCUAUUACGCUGCAGAUAUCUAGGGUGGUAUUAUUUACAGUAUGAGGCAAUAAAUCUCAACAGAAUAUUUAAUUUUGUAUUGAUAACCUGUUGUACUAUAUUGACUAAUGUUAUUGAUGUUCACAGUAAAAAUGUGUAUUUUUUAUCUACAAUAUCUGAAAACUAAUAUAGAAAAGUCGAGGAAUGGUUGUGUUCGUUGUGUAUAUGAAAUUGUUUAUUAUCUUCAGUGUUUAGCCUAAUUCCUUGGCAUUUUUGUUCGGGUUUGCCCAGCAAAUGUGGCUAAUUUUUCAAAAGAUGAAAAAUGUAAUCAUUUGUUUUUCCAAAAAGAAUUCUGCCGUAUGCCUUGGCGAAGAAUGAAUACUUUGUCUUUCAAAGACAGAUUUCGAAUUUGAGCAUUUUUUAAAAGACAAAGAACACAGAAAGACAAAAACAAAAUUCUUUGCAGAUUCCAAAAUAAAAUAAUUGAAAGAAAGACUUGUAAAAACUGAGCAGCCAAUGAACAGCUAUAUUUUGUUCGCAUGACAUAACAAGUGACCCCCACCAUAAGCAUCUCCACCAAAUAUUUUCAAGUCGGCGUCUGCUGCUGCCGAAGAAACAUUACAUUAAUAAUGGCGGCUAUACUACAUUCAAUGACUGAAAGGAGGGCCAAUGAAAACAGCGGAAAUAAAAUCGCCGCACCCAAACCCCACCCUGUUUCUAUGUGGAAAAGGCCUCCCACCCUGUUUCUAUUUGGAAAAGGCCUUCUACCACCUUUCUGGACUCUGUAGUCCUGUUUGCAUGUGAUAACACCUCCAGAAGACACUUGUACUUGCUUUUUGUACCAACAUAUGUAAGAGUUUACUCUUCAGGUACUCUCCCUUUCCCAGGUGUGUUCUUCAACAGCAACAUUUUGCAGUAGGCUUGGCAUUUUGAAACAUCGUCGUUAUGUUUUUUCUCACUACCUCUUCAUCUCGAUCUAAAAAACCUAAAAAUUUGUUCAUAUCCUAAGUCUUUUAGAUCACCUUUUCAAGAUGUGGUUAGUGGAUGUGUAGGAUUUUACCUCGCUUUCAACCUCAUCGGCCCUUAAAACGAGAAUGCACAUGCCUGAUCUCUCUUUCCAAUAUUUUGGACUUUGGGCGUGAGUGCAACAAGAAGCGUGAAAUGCAAUCUUCCUUUAUCGAGGGUUUGCCUCACUUUUGAUGAAAUUUCAGCUUUGGAGUCUACUGUUGCCAAGUGCCAUCAAGCCAAUAUGGAGAUUAAAUCAAGUUGGAAACAUGCAACAUUAUUGCUAAUGUUGGACGAUCCACAUCCUUUUUCUGUUUGCAUUGCUGGCUAAAUGACUAAAUAUAUGAAGAGCCCAAGAAGAACAAUGUAGGAAGAAGAUCGAUGGUUCUGCAGCGACAUGACGCACAUAUUGUUAUAUUAUGCUGAAGAUUCAAGAAGCACAAAAGCUUGCAAAAGCUGACAUCCACCCUGGCAACCGCAACAUCUUUCAUGGAAAAGUCUUACACCCUUGGGAAACCUUGAAGUUUUCAUAAAGAUGUCAUAAGAACUGUGCUUCUCAUUCAAUUUCUUGGUUCAAGGAGAGGAAUUUCAAACUUUCCAGAUAAUGUGAGAACUGCAAGACAAAAGUUGACAUGUAAAUAAAGAUGUUGCUAGAUACAGAUGUGAGUAGCAUGUGUUGGGUGUGCAUUUUUAUGUGCUGGAAUCAAAGGUGUUUGUUGAAAGGAGAGUUUAUGUCACCAGCAGUAGCAUCUGCACCUUAAACUUGAUCAAGAGAUAGAGCUGAAACAUCAGUUAGAACUCGAUCUACAAACUUCAGCAGAAACACCAGAAUAAAGCAGCAGCAUUAACUAUGGGGGUUGUAAAGAUCAACUAGUCUAGGCUGAGAAGGUUCACAAGUUGCUGCUUGCACAGCUAGAAAAGUCUGUCAUUGAUAAACUAGACUUUGAGAUAUUGCUAAAGUAGGGAUGUUAUAUUGUUACACUAGUGAGUUGGUUUAAUUUGCCUUUUGUAACUAUUUUGUACACACCAGCUUUAAAGAAAUGAAUGGCAAAAUAUA